CAUUUGCAUGUUGUGGUGCAUCGUAUAUUAACAAUUUGCGUAUUUUUUUUAAAUUAAAUUAGAUAAUAUUUACAGCAGUUUUGUCCGUAAAAUCCAUUUUACUAGGAAAUUGGGUAGAUUUAAUGUUAUUAAAUCAAUAAUAACGGUCUGCAGCUUUGCUCGAAAUGAAUUACACGAGUAGAUCAAUAGGAACGGGAUCGGGAGGAGGUGUAAGCAAUUCUUCUCUACCUCUUAAGUAAAUGCUGCAUGCAUCUAGACGUUCAGGUAAGUUUAUAAUACGAUUUCUCCUCAAAUCUCAAAGGAUAUUUUAAAAUUAUUAAACGAAAUUCGUGCAUCACUAAAGCUUAAAAACUAUAUGUGGAUGGGUUAAGUUACCCAAAUCAAACGUCGAAUCUAUACUCAUCCUUUGAAGACCGGUGUCUAUCGAUUAUUUCUGUUAACAGCACUCCAGAAAUUUCUGCAGCUCACCGUUCUAACUAAAUUAAGAAUCUUCUACACCAGAUUAUAGUUUAAUUGGCAUUCAGAUCGAAGGAAUUGAUUACUUUAAUCAUUUUUUCCCUUAUUUCUUACGGGUUUAAUUAAGUAUAUAAUGACCCGCUACACGGUGUCGAUUUUGCUGGGUGCGAUAUUCGUGAUGGAUCUAGCUAUCACCGGUGAUGCAGCGAGAGCUAGAAGAAUAUGCAGGAUUAGGAGACCGAAUAGAAAGGGUUCUCCUAUAACCAUUUUCGAUACGCAUCCAUGUUGGAAGGAAUACUAUGACAAUUCUAAUGGUGUUGAAAUAACUAAAGCAUCUCAUUUUGAUUACGAGUUUUUACUUGGACAUAAAAUUGUUUUCAUAUGUGAAGCAAAAGGAGAUCCACAACCAAGAAUUAACUGGUUUAAGGAUGACAUCAAACUCUAUGUACAUCCUUUUAUAAAGAUUACGGAAUGGCAGCUGAAAAACAAACACAUCAAAAGCAAAUUACAGAUAACACCAGCUCGUCAGAUGGAUUCGGGGAUGUACGAUUGUCAAGCCGAUAAUAAAUACUCGAUCGACAGUAGAAGUUUUAAAGCAGAUUUCAGUACAAUUAGUAAAUAAAUUCGAUUUAACGAAAUUAACUUCUGGUAUGUAAUCAGAAGAACAGAGAAUAUGAAUGUUCCUUCAUAUUUUUUAAAAAGAAAUCUGUAUUAAAUAACUAUUAAUAUC